AUGAAGAAGAGAUUAAGUUGCCUUUGAGUUGAUCUUAUCGAAGAUAAGAUCAAAAACAGAGGGAUUUUCAUUAUUGCUUCACUGCUGUUUUAUAUAUACCUUACAUGGACUUUUAUCCUCAGUCGGCCACCAAGAGACAACACUCCAGUGGUUAUUCGGAGUUCUUUAGAUUUUCCCAAUGUUGCCUUUGUUGGGAGAAAUAUUGCUGAAGUGCUUUCUCCAAGGGUCAAGGUUCUAGAUAGCUCAGGCAGGCCAGUGACUGGUGCCAGUGUAGAGCUUAAUGUUGUACAAGUCACUAUGGAUACUACAGAUCCUAACGCUCCUAUUUGAGACACAGAUUAUAGGAGAAACAUUAAGGGGUCCUUAGAAUAUAUCCGGUUUCAUGAGGUUUGUAAAAUAGUAUUAUCCGGAAAUAUUGAUAAAACUGAUGAAAGUGGCCAUGCUUUAUUUGAUAACCUCAGAAUUGAAAGAGGCCCAGAAGGAUUCUAUACCUUCGAGUAUACUAUUAACCUUGGCGAAGGCAAGGUCGUUAAUUCAGAAAGAUUCAACUCUUUUAUUAGAAGUGACAUAUUUUCUAUGGAGAGUAUGAAUACAAUACCUUCGACAGAUGCACAGUUGAAUAUUCCGUUCUCUGAGCAACCAAUUGUACGCUUGUUGGACAGUGAUGGUAAACCUUUAAAGGGUAGAAGAGUAGUUGCAUUUAGCUGGAUAGAUCCUACCUUCUUAGAAUCUGUAGUUUAUCAGACUAAUUCCCCUUCUCAUCUGAAAUUUUUAACCUUGGAGAAUGUUAUAUCUGAGCCUUCUGAUGAAAAUGGAAUUGCUAGGUUUACGUCUUUAACUGUGUCAGGAUCAAAUGAAAUUCUUUCAUAUAUCCAUUUCUAUUCUGAAGGAGUGACCACUCCUUGGACUGAUAGACCGAUUGGGAAUGGGUUUGAAGAUCUGUUCUCUCCAAGAGCAAUUUUCCCCUUCAUUCCAAUGCUAGAUGAUGUGUUUAUUGAAAUUGAGAAUGAUCAUUCACGAGAAGAAAUAGAAGGGAGUAUUUUAAGUGCACCCUACAGCCUCAUUGUCAGAGAUCCAGAAACAUUAGAGCCAGUUCCAAACAGACUUUGCUUUGCGAAUAUGUAUAAAUCGAGAGGUGAUGUGAUCCCAGCCGGUUAUCAAAGUUGGUAUGAUAGAAGACCUGUUAAGCAUAUUGAAAGGCCAAUACCUGGAGAAUAUACCAUCGGAGCAGAUAAUCCAGAAUAUGCUGGAGAAGUUCUGUCAAAUAUUUAUCUUACAGAUAGGGAGGGAAAAGUUUCCUUUGAUGACUUAAGAAUUUCAACAAGAGGACCUAUCGGAAAUUUCUCUCUUGGAUUUAGUUGUGGAGGAGCGUUUAGAGCAUUCUCUGAACAUGAAAUUGUUGUCAGAUCAACAAUCGAUGAAGAAAAUGUCAGAUUUGCUCAGCAAGUACCUGACCAAGUAUUUGUUGAUGACUUAAGUGAAAAAGAAUUUGAUUUAAUCUUAAUCAUUGAAGUUCUUGACUCUGAUCGAGCAGGAGUCCUUGGGAAAUACCCCGAGAAAAUCAUAAUCAAUACAGAAGACCCAUCUUAUCAAGGAUAUAUUGAUGCUGUAAUCGUUCAUGAACAUGAUCUAUUUGAGGCAUCUGAGGAAGAUGGAGUUAUCACUGUUCCAAUACGCAUUACUAAGAUUAGUGACAUUAUCAGAGCAAAUAUAACUUUGAUUAUUGAUGACAUAAACAUAACUACCAAAUAUAUUGAAUUUACGAGGCUAGAAUCGAUUAACAAAAAUUACAUAUCAUCUUUGGAGAUUGUGGACGCUCCCAUAGAGCAAUUUGAGAAUGGAAUUGAGAUUGAUGAAACCUUUGAUAUUUAUGCUCAUGCUUAUGAUAUUGAUGGAAAUACAGUAGACUAUAAUGAUCUAGAAUUUAAAUUAGAGCUUUUUUUUAAUCCUAUAACCCAAGCUCCUGCAAGAAAGACAGUCGUUGUUCUUGAGAGUAAUGCAUACUCUAUCAGUCGAGGGAAAGUGAGAUUUAGAGGAAAUAAAAUUACAAGAGCUACUACUGGCCAUUACUUCCUCAGAGUUCAUGCUUAUAAAGCAGGGGAUUCUUCUAAAAUAAUACUUAGCACUGAUACAAUCAGAUUCUUCAUGUCAAUAUCAUUUGAUGCAGCUAUAAUUGCAGGUGUGGCUGAAAAGAAUGUCAAUGCUCUGUUUUACAGCCCGAAAAGUUUGAAUUUUGUCCCUCCUGAUAAAUUAGAGGAGCAGGUUCAUGAAAUAAGAAUGGAUCAAACUUAUGUCUUCAAGAUCUUAGCUGCAGACUUUACUUCAGGACCACUCAAGAAUUAUUAUGUCAAUCAUCCCAAGCUUAAAUUCGAAGAGUAUCCCCCAAUAAUGCAUGGAUUAGAUAAUGGACCUUUUAACUAUGUCACUAUUCACUACCUUUCACGAUAUACUGACGAAGAGGGCUUCUUUUACAUCGAGGCAACUGUAGAAUACGGAGGAAUAGGAUUUUAUGUGGUUUCUUUUGAUUUUGGAACAGGAAUUUCAACCCCAAUAAGCUUCAAAACUAACAAUCCUAUUACCGGAAUCAAGAUCCAAGCUGAGCCUGUUAUUUCUAAUGUCCCGCCUGAUGACCGAGAUAUUGAUGGAUAUUAUACAGGAAGAAAAUUUAACAUAUAUGCUCGUGUUUUGAUUGAUGUUUCUAUUGGGCCCAAGUCAGGAUAUUUGGUUAUAGCACAUCCUCAGAGUGUUGAUGGAAACCAUGCGACUGCUGAGAUUCUUCCUCACACAAUCCAUGAACUUGAUCACCAAAAAGAUAAUUUUAUAGCAUGGCUUUCACUAUUAAAAGAGCAAAGAAUUGCUGUUACAGAUCGAUAUGGAGAAGCUAAGUUUAAUCAUCUUUCUAUAUUUGAUGUUUCAGGAGAACACGCUACAGUCAAAUUUGUUUUUGGAGCGGGGGAUAGAAGGGAAGGAAUGUAUACGGUCACUGAGCCAACCAAUAGAAACUAUACAUUUAUCCAAUCAAAUUCUUUUGAAGUUGCUCGACAGCCUGGAAGGCAUACAGCUGCUUAUGUUCCUAUUGACCCUUCUCCAAAGAUAAGGAUGACUUCUCAGAUUCUUAAUUCUUUAAAUAUAGUAUCUGCUCAGCUGAAUAACCUAUUUAGUAAGGAUAUUAAUGAUACUUUUGAAUUGCUGGUUACUGAUAGAUAUAUGAGUGGUACAAUCUGUUAUGGAGUAUUCUCACCAAAUUCUAUCACAUAUGUAUCUGAUACAUGCAAAAUGGAACCUUUGAAAUCAUUUAGCAAAGGCCCUCCUUAUGAGGUAGAGAUUACAUUUGAUCAACUAAGAUGGGACACUUAUGGAGUUAACAGUAUGAUUUCACUCUCUUUCUCAAGUUUGAUGGGACAUCAAUCUGAUUUUGCAGCUAUCUCACAAAGAAUGUAUGUCGAGAAUCUUGCCAGUAAUAUCAUCCUUCUUCAUGAUCCGCCUGCUGAAAUUUCGAUACUACAAGUAUUUGUCUUAGAAGUACUCGUUACAGUAGACGGUGGAUUUCCACUUGCAAACGCCAGAGUUACUUGUAAUGUCACAAAAGAUCUAGAUCUUUCUCAAAUCUCCACUGAAAUUUUCACUUCCUUUGCAAACACUGAAUACAAUGUACAAAGAUCUAGCCUGCUUGCUCCUGGAAGUAGACUUGACGAGAAGAGGUCUUCAGCUAUCACAAACAAUCAAGGAAUUGCUAGACUAUUCCUGCGAGUGCAAGAGAGCCCUAUAGAUUCUAGUGUAAGGCUUGUUUGCCAAUCAGGGAGAGCGGUUACUUCACCCUCCUCUAAAAUCAACAUUAAGCAUCCUAUUAGCAGAAUCACUCAAAGUGAAGAAUUUAGGGAGACUGUCAGGCUGCAGUUUAAUAGAGAUCCUGAUGGGUUUACCUCAACACAUGUCAAACUUUCAUCUACAUUCACUCUAAACUUACACCAAGAUGAGAACACUGAAGAGAAUAUCAUCAGAGCUCAAGAUAUCGUGAUCUUGGUAGUGAAAUUUUCUGAAAUAGAGCAACUAAGAGCAACAAAAUCAGAAAUAAAAGAUGUAAUGGGCCAUUUCAAUAACUUCACCCAAGAAAGUUCAGUUGCUCAGGAGUUUAUUGAUCUGGGUCUGACCUUAAUGAGAGGAGUAGAAACAGUGGGAGCUUUGAAAAAUCAAGUUUCUGAAAGAAAUAGAGCUAUUUUUAACAGACCAAAUAUUCAAGGAUCACAAGUCACCAUCUCUAAUGUUACUCUGAUUCUUAACGAGCCUGGUAGAUAUGGACUCAUUUUUGGAGCAAAUGGUGUCUUUACAGAUAUCCAAACAGAGGAAGCUCAGAUUGAGACGAUUCAUGAAGUCCAUGUAGUUCGAAGAUACUUUAAUCUUUAUCAAACAGCAUUUUUGACUGUGUUUUAUUUUCUAGUUCUAGCACUAUCUUCUAAACUAUUCAAAGGAUAUUGGCUUUUCCUGGCUCUUGUGAUUGUUGGAGGCUAUCUCUACCUCAUGUCUACUAGAGAAGACGUUGAAAUGGUAUAUAUGAUAGUAGUCUAUGUCCUAGCCGGCCUCAUUGCACUCUACAUGCUAUGGGCAUUUCUGAUUUAUUUCAUUGAUACUUUUAUCAGAAGAAAGAACCCUGGAUACUUCUUUGAUAAGAAGAAGCAAUAUUUCAUGGAAUAUGUUUAUCAGAGGCUAAAUAAUCAUCCUUCUAAUCAUUGGGUGAACAGGAGGAAAAAUUUGAAGCUUAAUCUAGAUGGGCUAUAUAAUACCAAAAUGAAGAAUGAGGAUGAAAUUGAGAGUUUAAAAUCCUCUAUAAAGACCUUACCUAAUUCAACAAACGACAACAUGGUUAGAAUAUCAAACCAAGAUCUGACAGGCUCUUUCGAGAUCAAAAGGGAUCUCUCUGGAAGCAGUAUUGUUGCUGAAAAAGUAAACGAAUAUCAGUCUAUCAUGGUUAUUCAGGACAAACUCACUAAACAAGAGUUAAUGGAUUUAGAAGUAGAUGUAAUUCCCUUUGAAGAUCUUGGUCUCUGCGGAAAAUUCAUAAGGAUAUUUACACCUUUUGAGCUGAUGUAUAGAAGGAUAUGGGUCAAUGAUUGCUUUGUUUACCCCCAGGUGUUACUCACAUGUGUGCUAAUUUGUGCCGUCUCAAUGGGAUAUCUAGGUUAUGUAAUGUUUACAGUAAUUUUUGGUAUAACAGAGUCUAUAAAAGGGGUAUAUUCUAAUGUGUAUGAUUCAGUAUUUGGAUUCCUGAGGAAUGGAGUUGAGAGAUACUUUGACACAUUGAAAGUUCAGGCAACUACCACAGGUUUAUAUGACUACUUUGAUCAUUUGGAGACAACAGAACAUACUCUAAAUAAUCUCAUAUUUGCUAUUAAGUUAGGAGUAAUAGUUGGCACAACAGUAGCAAUAAUAACUGUUUUUGCAAACUUAUUUCUGAUUCUUUUUGAUUAUAAGAAGAGAGUUCUUGAUGCAAGAAAAGGAAAUUUUAAAUUUAGGAAAGAUAAAAUCCCUAUUAGCAUGCAUUCAGGGUUAGCUGGAGCAAUUAUUAGUAACAGUAUAUUCAUGUUUUUCGUUAUUAUCAUUACUUUGACAAUUGUUUUCUCAUUCCUGGCUUGGCCUCUUUUCUGGAUAAUUCUUUGGAGACUAAAAUGGAAUAUUCUCAGUAUUGCAAUAGGAAGUAUUGUUACCUUAUUAAUAAAGUUGAUUUUUAACAGAAUCUGCUACAACUUCGAUCAUGUGAAGAGAAGAGGAUUGUUAAGCUUAUUUGAUUUCUUCUUGCUACAAGUUGCUAUAUUAGCUGGAGUAGUUCUUGCGAUAAGCAGGCUCGGAAUCCUUUUCAUUGCUUUAUUCAUCUCUGUUAUGCGGAUAGAUGUAAUGGCUAUCCCAGAAUGGUUUGCUAACAUAUUAUACAUUGACUCCUUCAACAAAUCGUACUACGCUUCAGUACUUGUUCAACAUUACCAGAACAAUCCGAUUAUGAUUACAUUUUACGAACUGAUGUUCUUGGUAACCAGGCCUGUUGAAUCCAAUGAUUCAUUAGACUGGGAGGACCGCAAGAGAAUGAACCGCAGAAAGAUUAUCAGAAAUAGGUUCCACCUGUGGGUUUUCAUGUCUAAAAAUCCUUCCCUCAAGAAAUACAGGGUUGCUAAAUUUGAGAAUGAUGAUGACAGCGAUGAAGAAUUCGGCAAAAAUGGCUAUGAAGCUCCUGAUCUUGAACAACAAAAUUACCUACAAAAGCUAGAAUACCAAGAGAAAAUCAGCGGAGACGACUCUUUACAGAAGCAGACCAUAGAAGAAACUAAAGAUGACCCAAGAGUCAUCGAGGUUAACGAUGAGGAUUUGACUCAUGAAGAAGUUGCAGAAGUUCGAACAGGCACUCCCAAGUUUAAUGGUAAAAUAAACAGUUCUAAUAUCGACUCUAUGAUCAGCGAAAAGUUGGAAGAAGAGAAAGAAUAAGUAUUUAAUUCAAUCAUU